UAUUAAACCCUACAGAUUAAGAAUGGGAUGUCAUUAAAGUUCAUGUGCACAUAAAGGCAGGUGUCCCAAAACUUUUGGCAAUAUAGUGUAUCUCUCAAACAAGAAAGAGACAGGCUCAAACUGGUUAAAAACAGCAGAGCACAUAGGGGUGAUAGAUGCAUCAGAUGUGGUAGGUAAGAUGUGUGAUCUAACAGUAGCAAUGUUGUCAACAAAGAAAUGUAAAAAGUUUUCACACUUCAACUAUCACUCACUUGCUGGCCUCCUCUCUUGAAAAGUCAACAGGAAAUCAGUCACACCCCCGAGACGCUUACAAACCCCUUUUGUUAGCUGUUUGAGAUAAGGAACAAAAGCAUUCAAAGCAUAUGAUUGUUUAAUAAGCAAAAUCAAUUUCAUAUUCAUCUUCUGCUGAUGGCAAAGGAGACAGAUCAUCUCUCUGGCUUUAGGGUCGAUCCUCUGUUGUCCAAGCGCCUUCUGUCUUCCAAUCCUCUUUAUGUCAUGCAAUGUCAAUUCUAAGUUAUUUUUGUUUGUUUUGGGAUUUGUCAGUAGUGUUCACUUUAUGUGGUUUAUCAGGAUAUUUAUCAGGAUAUAGGCUACAACAGAUUUAAUGAGAGAACUUUCAAAUCAUUAAAAUUCAACUUUACCAAUGUUUGAUUUUGAUUAUUUGAAAUCCAGUUGAAAUAUAUAAUUCAUGAUGUUAAACAAGUUGUCUUAUUUUGUAAUAUAUUUCUUGCAAGCAUGUUUGACAGCAUCCCGGGAUAUGAGGGAAUUGUGGUCGACGGAGGUGGUGCAUAUCUUCCACCUCCAAUGUCCUCUGUGCCGAUGCCUGUGCCUGAACAAGCCUCCAGCCAUCCAGAAUGGCACAACAACAUUCCUUCCAUCUCAGAGGGAAGAGCGUGUGCAGCUUUUGCAGAUUACGUCUCCAGCAAGUGCUGCUAUAGUUCUGCCCCUGUCAGAGAUGGCGUUAUAACCAACAUGGAGUCCUUUAAGACCUACAGGUAUCGUUUGGAGACAUUCACAGAGUACAGAUCUACUGAAUGUUGUCAGGAGCCUUACACAGGGCAGCACAUCGAUGCCGGGAUUCAGCGUGCUCCUGGACCGUGGGAGAUUGCAGCUCAACCUCCGUCCUACUUUACUGAGCACAAGGAGACCAUUAGAGUGCCUUACACUUCCUCAGUCAAGAAAUGUAACCCGUGCAGUGGAUUGGGAAGAAACCCCUGUUCUUCUUGCACUGGAACUGGAAGCAAAGUGUGCUCUGGGUGUAACGGAUCUGGUCAAUGUCCUGAUAACGAGUCCUGCAAUAAAUGUGACAAUAGUGGACGUGAAAAAUGUAGUUCAUGUAGCGGCAGCGGCUUCCACAAGUGUGACACAUGUGAUGGAAAGGGACAGAUACUCACUUUCAUAAAUCUCAAAGUCAAAUGGAGCACUGAGAGGGAUGAUUUCAUUGCGCAAGAUUUGAGUGGUCUGAGACCGGAAAAGCUGGGGAAGGUUUCAGGGAAGGAGCUCUUCAGCAACGCCCAGAUGACGGUCUAUCCAGUGCUGGGUUUCCCUGAUGUUUCUGUUGCACAAGCAUCUGAGCGUUUAAUAAUGGACCAUCAGGUGAAAUAUACCAAGAACUCCCGCAUAUUACAGCAGAGACAGACAAUCGAGCUCAUUACCAUAACAAGGGUGAACUACACUUGGAAAGAGAAGCCCUAUGUUUACUAUGUGUAUGGAAAUGAGUUGAAAGUGAACGCUGAUGACUAUCCUGCCACCUGCUGCUGUUCUGUGAUGUGACAUCCAACAAUCAUCAUCUCAAACCUGAAACAAAAAGAAAACCCAUACAAAAUGUCUAUUAUACACAAGGGCCUGGUUUCCCAGAUGGGGUUUAGAUUAAGCCAGGAUUAGGCCUUAGUUUAAUUAGCACAUUUGAGUAGCUUUUAUAAACAUGUCUUAGAAAAAACAUUACUGGUGUGCAUAUUGAGACAAAACAAUGGCAUUUACAUAUAUUUUAAGAUCAUGUCAGAGCAAAUUGCUUUCAGUUAAAACAGCUCAAACAUGCAUUUUAUAUCCUGGGACUAGAUUUAAAUCAUCUGUAAAACCAUGGGCGGAAGUUCACAACUGUUAAUGGUUAUCUUGCAGAUAUUUUUAAUAUCCCAUCUUACUAGACAUAAUGCUAGUAUUGCCUGCAGCAAAUUUUAUGUAAUGAAAAAAUGAAGAGUUAAUUUGCAAAAACUCAAUUUUUAUUAAUUCUCAUAAGUUUUGUAUUGUGAAUUUCAAGUAAUAUCAAGCAAACUGCAGUUAGGUUGUUUUGAUUAAGUAAUAGGCUAAUAACUCCAAAAAAUACAGGUAACUUACAAAAUUAAAGUCCGUUGAAAGUAUGUUUUUUAUAUAUAUAUAUAUUUUUUCUUAGCAAAAGCAGAUAACUCAACAUUUCAGUUAAACAAAACCCAAGUAAUUGCUUUGUAAUUGCAUUUAAAACACACUCAAACACACGUAUGUAGUACACAAACGCACACACUCACACAGAUCGGCACACACCUUUUUACAGUCUAUGGCGCACACACAGGCAUGCGCAUACACACACACACGCGCGCGCGCGCGCGCGCAAAAGGACAACCAAGGGUUUAGCAUGUAAGACGUGUAUGGUGUACAAGGAUUUGCAGAAGUCGAAAUUAUAAAUCCUCGAUCACAUUUAGUCUGCUUUGACGAAACUUCCCUCAGCUACCGCGUCUUUUUGAAGUGACUAGAAGCCUUGUCACAUGACCUGAAUGCUGCGCGCUGAUUCGCUAAAACGGACUUAUCAACAACAAGGGCGCUUGUUGUAAACGUGAACUCGCGAUGCCUUGACAGUGGAUAAAACAUAAUCUACUAGUGUAUUACUAAUAAUAUAAUUUUUCGCUUUAAAGCUUUUUGCAAUGAGUUAUGUACCUCUCUCCAUGCCUCUCUCUCUCUCAAAAAAAAAAAAAAAAAAAAAAAGUCUAUGUAUCUAUGUAAAAAAAAAAAGAAUAUGUAUUACAUCCUACUUUUAACAUUAUUUUUCUUUACCACAACUCAAAUUCUCAUAUUCAUUACGUUGUUAAUCUUUUUAUGAUACUUGUCAAAUUUUGUAUUCAUUUUUUUUUUUUUUUUUUUUUGGGUAAGAUUCCACUGCUGUCAUUUUUUUUUCCGGUAGACUAAUUCCUGUUUUGUCGUUGAUGGGCAUAAAACAACAAAAAAUAUUUGAAAAGACAGAUAGCUUUCAAUGUUUAACCUUGUAUAUUUAUUUACAAAUAUUUUUCUCUUUUGCCAUUACAGAAAUGAAUUAGUAUAUGUUAUUUUUAAAAUAAUAAAUACAUCACUGAUAAAUACCAAUGAUAACAAUAAACAAAUCUGUCAACCCAAAGAUCAACCAUUUACAUUGUUUUACUCUGACAAAUACGAUAAUAUUCUAUUCAGAUAUAUUAUUUUAUUGACAACUAGAAUAAUUUAGGCUGUAUCUAGCCAGCCUAACUAUGAAGCUAAACUACCCUGGUAUUUAACCUUAUCUGUACAUGGAACAUAGAAUCUGAUUAAUUUGUAAUUAGGUAAAAUGUUCACCAACUUGACCACCAACUUGUCCAGGCUGGAAGACCAGUUUGACUACAUAAUCCAGGUUGGGAGACAAACUAAAACCAGCUGAACCCCAGCUAACCCAGGGUGCUUGGGAGACUAGCUUGACCAGCUAAGCUAGGCUGGGAGACCAGUUUAAACCAUCUGAACACUAGCUAACACAGGCUGGGAGAUCAGAUUGACCAGCUACUUCCAGCUUAAACCAGCUAAGACCAGCCAACCAGCUUAGUCUGGUUUUAGCUGGAUUUUUCAGCAUAAAUCAUAGUGUAUUUUGAAAAACAACCUAGCGCUAAUCGUAUGAAUUACAGGGGAAUUGCCAGCUCGUUGUGAUGAAAUAUUGUCAAAUGUUAUUUUCUUAUUUAUCUAGAAUGGUAAUGUGUCUCUCACUUGGCAUUCUCAGAAAAAGUUGUAAUACGUUGUAUUAAAUUAUUAAAU